UUACGUUUCUCUUCUUCAGAAACGAAGCUCAGUGAAAUCUUUUCAACGACAGUCAAGUUGAAUUUAUAUCUUGUCAGGUGCUGAUGCCGGCUCUGUACAUCCAGCUGACCGGACAAACAGGAUGCUGUGGGAAUCGUCUCGGGAUGUUAGUAUCCAUUAUAUUCGCCGGGGUGGGUGCAGUCGGCGCCGCCUACUGUUUCAUUGUGGCACUGAUUGGUCUGCAUAACGGGCCGCUCUGCAACGAUGGAGACAAAUGGACGAGACCGUUCGCAGACAGGGACCCGAACUACAUGACCAAGAGCAGCUGGUGGACCGAGUGCCUGGAACCCAAGAACGUGGUGCAGUUCAACAUGGGUCUGUUCAUCACCCUGAUGGCGGCCAGCUGCCUGCAGGUGGUGCUCUGCGUCAUCCAGGUCAUCAACGGCCUGGUGGGCUGCCUGUGUGGGACCGGCAACGAGAAAUAGAAAGUCUGUUUCCUGACGAUCAAACCGUGGACCAGGAUCCAGGGACUUGGCUUCUUUAAAAAAAAAAAA